AUGGCGGAGGCGGGGCGACACGCUUUCCGGGAUUCCAUGACCAUGGAGGAGCGGCGAGCCGCAAAGGAGGCGGCAGCAGCAGGCCGCGCUGGUUCUGCGGACCCCUACGCCCGUCUCCCUCCACUGCGGGGACCCGACGACGGGGAGGCAGUUGCACUCGGACCAGGGCGGGACGGUUCUGGACGCGGGGGGCCCGCAUCCGCUGGCGAGCCGCACCGCCGAAAGAGGUGGGGCGGCGCGGCUGCGUCGAGUGAGAGAGACCCACUCGACGCGACGCAGCCCCCCGAAGGCCGGAGUUCCACGUGGUCCGACGGAGGAGAGCGAGAGCAGGGUGACCUUCUCUUCUUGUCCAGUGCGGAUGGUGACAGCGGUGACCGGCAGUAUGGCGGCCCGGAGUGGUGGAAGCAGCAGCGGCGGCGGCCACCGCUUGGCGCGAAGGGCGGGUGGGUCCCUUCCGAAGCGGAGGAGGAGGGUGAUGAUGACGGUGGCCGGCGCUCUUCGGAGCGGCCCGCGGAGGGAGCUGGCCUAAUCGAUUUGUUGAAUGUCCAGCGCGAGCCACGACAGCGAGGAAGGGGUUUCCGACGUGCCUCUUGGGCUGAGAAAGGCGAAUCCAGCAGCGAGGCAGGGACAAGGUCCACCGCACACUUUUCACCGCAGUGGUCGCUGGAUCACGCAGAGGGUGGCUCUGUUCGGUCGCGUCCGAAGAAGGUCCCUCGCUUUUUGUACGACGGCAAACCGGGGAAUAGCCUGAAUGCCAGCACGAGCAGCAGCGGUGGCCCGGCGCGUCGAAGAAGGGCGCAAAUUCCACCGUUUGUGAGGAGGCCCAAGAAUAAGCCGGUGGGGCCAGUGAUCGCGGUCGCCGACGACGGGAACGAGACCGACCCUGGGGAGCUGAGCAGCCUGUUCGGCAAUGACGACGAGGACCUGACGCUCUUUCUGGCGACGUUUCCCGAGGAGGUGCUGCAUGUGCGGUUACGCAAUGAGGCGAGGGGUGUGCUGGGCGAGCUCAGGGACGUCAGCAGUUUGCUGGUGAAUUAUGCAACCAACGUGCGGCAUCGGCUGCCCGAGGGGUACAAGACAUCGUCGCCGCGCGAGAGCAUUUCGUCCGCGACGGCCAUGGCGCAGGCGGAGGAUGAGCUAAAGAUGAAGGUGAGCGUCGACGAACUGCGGCAGCGGUUUGAGACGGAGGGACGCGAGGAGCACGCGGAGCUCUGGCGAACGCUGCAGGAGCUGCGUCAGAAGGUGGUCGAGCAGGAGGCCUUCCUCAAGGAAUCCUUGAUGGAUGUCGCGAAUCUGUCGCGGCCCGCCGCCGGUGAGGAUCGCGACGCCUUUGCCAUGAGGCUCACGCGGGAGGUGAACGAAUAUGCCAAGACCCACCGCCUCGACCAGAGACACCUGGUGGGGAGCACCGACAUGAAGGAGGACUACACCGUCGCCGUGCGGACAUUUCUUGAGAGCUUUGCGCUGACGCGCGGCAGACGCCCUGGCCACGACGUUGGCUGCCAAUGUAGUCCGGAGGACCUCGGCUAUGUGGAUGAGGAGCUCCGACGCAUGGAGGAGGGGAUGGAGGACCUUUACUUCCAUGCGCGUGGGCUGUUCAGCGCGAUAAAACUUACUAUUAUUGCGGUUGGGAGCAUCAUGGGGUUUCACGCCUCACUUGAGCUGGAGGCCACGUGCAAGCACUGCUUCUACAUAUUUGAGGACCCACGCACGCUUUGGCCGUGCGGUCACACCUUCUGCCAGCAGUGUCUUCCCUUUAUGUUCACGGAGCAGGGGGAGCUGAUAUGCGGGGAGUGCGGCUCUCUGUGCCAAGUUGGCUACACACCGAACCUUGCACUGGAGCUGUUGGCUAGCUACCAGGCCACGCAGCGCACCGACGAUGACGACGACGACGACGACGACGACGACGAUGAGGAAGUAGGCUGCGUGGCGCAACGGCGCACGAUUGAGGGGGCGCUGGCGGCGAUGCUGAAGGACCUCAUGAGCACGCAAACCACAAGUGCAGAUGCGCUGCGAAAAACGGCGGGGGGGAGGUCGCACAGGGUGUCAUCUGCCAGGGCGGCCGGGGCGGCGGCGCCUACUCCGCUGGGUCUCGCUCCGUGA